UUUCCUUCUUUUCCUUUCCAAAGUUUUCGUGAGCGCGAGAACAACUUCGUUCUCGUGCGACUCUCUUCCUCUCUCUUUACUCCCCCCGCCCUCACCCCAAAGCUAAGGUUAUUGUAAUCGCAGAUCAUCCGGGGAGAAGGUAGGAGUUUGGGACGACGAUACCCUAGCUGGAUCUGAUAGGGUUUUGAGGCCAUGAUGAAGAAAAUAGGCAUUUUGUGGAAGAUCUUUCUGAUUGUUUGUAUUGUUUCUUUAGACCGUUUAGCUCCAUCCGAAUCUGCCGUUUCUAGCAUAGAUCUCGGUUCGGAAUGGAUGAAGGUGGCUGUUGUGAAUUUGAAACCAGGACAACCGCCAAUCUCAGUAGCCAUUAAUGAGAUGUCCAAAAGGAAAUCCCCAGGACUUGUUGCCUUCCUCGGUGGCGACCGUCUGCUUGGAGAAGAGGCUUUUGGAAUCUCUGCAAGGUACCCAGAAAAAGUAUAUUCACGAACCCGUGAUAUACUCGCGAAGCCAUUUCAGUAUGUCAAGACUUUGGUGGAUUCGUUGUAUCUUUCCUAUGAUUUGGUUGAGGAUUCUAGAGGAAGUGCCGGGGUAAGGGUCGAAGAUGGGGUCGUAUAUUCCGCUGAGGAAUUGGUCGCAAUGGUACUGAGUUAUGGGAGGAAUUUGGCGGGUUCCCAUGCAAAGAUAGGGAUAAAGGACGCUGUGAUCGCCGUGCCACCAUAUUUUGGGCAGAGUGAGAGAAAGGAGUUGAUUCAAGCUGCUCAGCUGGCUGGGAUCAAUGUUCUCGGAUUAAUUAACGAGCAUUCGGGUGCGGCAUUGCAAUACGGAAUAGACAAGGACUUUUCAAAUGAGUCGCGGCAUGUUCUUUUUUACCACAUGGGUUCCAGCGGUACUUAUGCUGCCCUGGCGUAUUUCUCAUCUUAUCCGGCCAAGGAGUUCGGGAGGCAAGUUUCCAUCAACCAAUUUCAAAUUAAAGAUGUAAGAUGGAUUGCAGAACUUGGAGGCCAAAGCAUGGAACUACGGUUGGUGGAACAUUUUGCAGAUGAGUUCAAUGCUCAAAUUGGAAAUGAAGUCGAUGUGAGGAAGUUCCCUAAGGCAAUGGCUAAACUAAAGAAGCAAGUUAAGCGUACAAAAGAAAUUUUAAGUGCAAAUACUGUAUCACCUAUAUCAGUAGAAUCUCUUUAUGAUGAUCGUGACUUUAGGAGUACUAUCACUCGUGAAAAAUUUGAAGAAUUGUGUGGAGAUCUGUGGGAGAACUCUCUGAUCCCUGUGAAAGAGAUUCUGGAAAGUUCAGGUCUCAAAGUCAGUGAUUUGUAUGCAGUAGAAUUAAUAGGUGGAGCAACCCGAGUGCCUAAAUUGCAGGCAGUGCUUCAGGAAUUUUUGGGAAGAAAAGAACUGGAUAAGCACCUUGAUGCAGAUGAAGCUAUAGUACUUGGAGCAGCGUUGCAUGCUGCCAAUAUAAGUGAUGGGAUAAAAUUGAAUCGCAAGCUUGGAAUACUUGAUGGUGCUUCUUAUGCACUAGUGAUUGAAUAUGGAGGUCCUGAUCUAGUGCUGGAGAAGAAUAGCAAAGAAUUGCUUGUGCCACGAAUGAAGAAACUCCCUAGUAAGAUGUUCAGGUCUCUUAUUCACUCCAAAGAUUUUGAAAUUUUGCUUAGUUAUGACACUUCAGAGGCAUUGCCUCCGGGAAUUUCCACAGCAGAGAUCUCUCGAUAUGAAAUUUCUGGAUUGACAGCUGCAAGUGAUAAGUAUGGCUCUCGCAAUCUCUCAUCUCCUAUCAAGACAAACCUGCACUUCUCACUUAGCAGAAGUGGGGUCCUUUCACUUGAUCGGGCUGAGGCUGUUAUUGAAAUUUCAGAAUGGGUGGAAAUUCCUGUGAAAAAUACAACAUUGGAGAACUCAAGUGUGUUAACAUUGAAUAUUUCUAGUGAGGCAAAUAAUGAAGGAGUUUCAGAUGAAAGCAAAGAGAACUUGGAAAAUGAGACUGUCAACCUUAACCAAUCCAGCACUAAUAUGGAUGAGAAGAAUAAGACAGAAGUUGUGACUGAGAAGAAGUUGAAAAGGCGCACUUUUAGAGUUCCAUUAAAGAUAAUAGACAAGACAGUUGGUCCUGGAAUGCCUCUGUCAAAAGAGUUUCUUGCUGAAGCCCGAUCAAGACUGGAGGCUUUGGAUAAGAAGGAUGCAGAACGGAGAAGAACUGCAGAACUUAAAAACAACCUAGAAGAAUAUAUUUAUGCUACAAGAGAAAAGCUAGAAGCUUCUGGAGAUAUUGAAAAGGUUUCAACCGAACAGGAGCGUUUGUCUUUCUUGGAGAAGCUUAAUGAGGUGCAAGAAUGGCUGUAUACUGAUGGAGAAAAUGCUCCUGCUGGUGAAUUCAAGAAUCACCUGGAUUUGCUCAAAUCAGUUGGUGACCCGAUCUUUUUUAGAUUGAGUGAGCUAACUGCACGACCAGCUUCAUGCGAACUUGCAAAAAAAUAUUUCGAUGGCCUUGAAAAGAUUGUAAGUGAUUGGGAAGAAAAAAGGACUUGGAUCCCAAGAUCCAGAAUUGAGGAGGUUUUGAGAGAAGCUGAGAACACAAAGAACUGGUUGGUGGAGAAAGAAGAUGAGCAGGGAAAGACUUCUGAAUUCAGUAAGCCUAUGUUUACAUCAGAAGAAGUGUAUGAGAGACUAGCAAAUGUUCAAGAGAAGGUCGCAAGUGUAAACAGAAUCCCCAAGCCGAAGCCAAAGAUUGAGAAACCUCUUAAGAACGUCACAGCAAAUAACAAAACUAAGGAUCCGGAUAGUUCUGAGUCAGCAUCUCCAGUUGAACCUUCAAUGGAAGAAAGCACGCCUACUCCAGAUGCAGAUGGUUCACCGAGUGAUGGAAAAAAUGAAAAAGAAGCUAACAAAGAUGUAGAUAGUUCACAGAGGGAUGAUGGAAAAAGUGAGACUGCAUUGCAUGACGAGUUGUGAUCAACCGGCAUGGCCUUUGAGACAGAGUAGUAAAGGUUUUUCCUGGAUCUGCUGCACGAGGCUUCAGAUUUUUACAGCCAACAGAUUUGGUAGAUGCUGAGAUUUCACAGAAAAGGCUAUUCUCCAAACUCAGCGUUUUUGUCCUAGAAAAAUUUGGGUAUACCAUCUUGUAACCAUUUUUAUGGGACCCCUUUUGAGGAUAUAGAUGUCUCUUCACAUGAUUUUGUGCGUAUCAGUAUCAAAUUUAGUAAUUGAUAAAUGAAAUUACGAGUUCUGGGA